AGAGACUCAUGGAAUAUGCAGGAGGCGGCCCUGGCGGGAGGCACCACCAUGAUCAUCGAUUUUGCCAUUCCUCAGAAAGGCAGCUCCCUCCUCAAAGCCUUCGAGACCUGGCGGAGCUGGGCGGACCCCACGGUCUGCUGCGACUACAGCCUGCACGUGGCCGUGACCUGGUGGAGUGACCAGGUGAAAGAAGAAAUGAAAAUCCUUACCCGAGAUAAAGGUGUGAACUCCUUUAAGAUGUUCAUGGCCUAUAAGGACGUGUACAUGGUGAGGGACGCGGAGCUGUACGCGGCCUUCUCUCGGUGCAAGGAAAUCGGAGCGAUUGCGCAGGUCCACGCGGAAAACGGAGACCUGAUCGCAGAGGGAGCAAAGAAGAUGCUGGCUUUGGGGAUCACAGGCCCCGAGGGCCACGAGCUGUGCCGCCCAGAAGCCGUGGAGGCAGAGGCCACGCUGAGAGCCAUCACCAUCGCCAGCGCCAUCAACUGCCCCCUGUACAUCGUGCACGUGAUGAGCAAGUCUGCAGCAAAGGUGGUCGCGGAUGCCAGGAGAGAUGGGAAGGUGGUGUAUGGAGAACCCAUAGCCGCAAGUCUGGGCACAGAUGGCACUCACUACUGGGAUAAAGAAUGGCACCACGCAGCCCACUACGUUAUGGGGCCCCCCUUGAGACCAGACCCUUCAACUCCUGACUACCUCAUGAAUCUAUUGGCUAAUGGGGAUCUGACCACAACGGGGACUGACAACUGCACGUUCAACACCUGCCAGAAAGCUCUCGGGAAGGAUGACUUUACUAAGAUUCCCAACGGGGUGAACGGUGUUGAGGACCGGAUGUCAGUCAUAUGGGAAAAAGGCGUGCACAGUGGCAAAAUGGAUGAAAACCGAUUCGUGGCAGUUACCAGCACAAAUGCAGCUAAAAUCUUUAAUCUCUACCCAAGGAAAGGGAGAAUAGCUGUAGGAUCAGAUGCUGACAUUGUGAUUUGGGACCCAAAAGCCACAAGGACCUCUUGGUACUUGCAGUCAAGGGGAAGAAAUCAAGAGUACGAUUUCCAUGCAGUGUCAAGACAGCAUCUGGUGGUGCCAUGUGUUCAAGACCCAGGCUGGUCAGGUUGGCCAACUUGUCAACAUCUCAUUGGAGAGGAUGGCCUGACCAUCUCAGCAAAAACCCACCAUCAGGCUGUGAACUUCAACAUCUUCGAGGGCAUGGUGUGCCAUGGGGUGCCCCUCGUGACCAUUUCCAGGGGCAAAGUGGUAUAUGAAGCCGGGGUUUUCCGUGUCACAGCAGGAGACGGGAAGUAUAUUCCUCGCAAACCAUUUGCUGAGUAUGUUUACCAAAGGAUCAAGCAGCGGGACCAGACUUGCACACCUACCCCCGUGGAGCGUGAACCCUAUAAGGGAGAAGUUGUCCUCCUGAAAUAGACACAAAAGACUCCACUGCUGGGACCAGGAAACAGACCUACCCCUCACUGUGCUGUUGGUAAGGGACGGUGGACAAGGAAAGUAUUCCAGCAUGACAACAUCUGAAAUUAGCAUCUCUCUCUCCAUGACCAUUUGAAGAGUUCAUGGUCAAGGUCAAAGGCUUCAAAGGGACAUGAGACUCAAGGACAGUUUAGCCAAGGGAAGAAUGAUAAAAGACCUCUUGAUGCAGAACACUGAGAUGAGCCUCCAGAUUGAAGGAGGCCUUGGGCCAGCUAGAGAUUUAUUCUCUGAGAUGUUAGGAAGUAGUCACCAGAGCCAUGGAGAAUCCAACGUGAGCAAGAAGCGGUAGCUGGUGACACAGUAGACCUGUCAUUGAGGAAAGUUGGCACCACUUAAAACAGGGAGGACAAUUUCAUGGUCAAAAUUUAUAAUUUGAUUUAAGACUUUAUCUGGAAAAGAUAAAUCUUCAUAUUGUGAAGGCAAAUAUAUUCUAGAACUUGAAGUGAAUGAAAAAUGAGUCAUGUGGCUUUGGGGGGUAUAAUUUUUCAGGAAAAUUAUUUGAUAGUAUGUGAUAUAUUUUAUUUCACACAUAAUUUUUGGAAUAAUAUUAUAGAUAUGGUCAUUUUUUGGAAAAGAAAAUAUUUUAGUGCUUCAUCAAUUUUUCUCUUAGUAUUUUGACAUCCAGAACUUUCUUUUUUAAAGUAUCUUGCACAUUUUCUUUUUCUCUCUCUCUCUUUUUAGUAGUUUUCUGGUCUUGCAAAGCCAGGUAUCUAUUUGACAGUGGCUUUGCUGUGACUUAAGCAGCUCUCUAACGUAUCUUCCACUAACUUCAUGAAACCAACACAUUUUCUCAGUUUUGCAAUUUCACUAGACUAAAUUGUUAAAGCUUGUGAUACAUUUUCAGAUGUUCCAGAACAGUGCAAUCUUCAAAACUCUUACAUAAAAGGUUGACAUGAUGGAUAGAUGUUUGUGUUCAUUAGGGACACUGUCGGAGGAGUAGUGUUGUACACCCCCAGUUAGCCUACACAUUUGCACAUGAUGAUAACCCAAACUUCCCUCCACAAAACCCAUGACUUGAGCAACGCAGCUUUGUGCACUCUGGGCUGUGAUCGCAUUACUGAGGGUCCUGAAUCUUUCUCAAUGCUAUGUAGCCAAACUUUUCAGCUUUUUUUUGUCAUUCCCUAACUAUUGAAAUUAUCCUGGCAAUCCAGGAAGACUGUGUCAAAAAUUCGGAGGAAGAUUUAGCAGGAGGAAGAAAGUGUAUUGAAUGCUAUGACCUGCUUUUGCAGCAUUGGCAGGAGCAGGGUUAGUGUUUACUUUUAUUAUAGCAUUUCUGGAGGGUUAGGCCUGCGCUCCGCAUCUGUUUGUGAGAGCGAAUGUUUUGCUGAGUUCCUUUUAUUCGGUUCAAAAGCAAAGUCAGAGGAAAGGAUGCUGCUGUUCCCAUCACAGUUAACCGCUGUCAGCCAUGGGAAGCCAGCCUCAUCUCAACUCCCCGAGAGCCUUUUGAAAGAAUAAUCGCUCUAGGCCUCUUUGGUUUCCUUUCAGAAGCAAUCACGGUGGGUCUCACUGUGACUUUGCUGCUAUGUAAGAUGGAAGACAUAAAUGAAUGUUAUUGUGAUGGAAAGUCUGUGUGAAAAUUCACUGAUGAUACUU